UUGAUUUUACUGUGUUGUAUUUCAAUGAGUAGAAUUGUUUUUCUUUAUUUUUCGAAGCUCAAUGGAACGUCAUUGGAUUUGAUUUGAAGGUGAACGACACGUGCAGGUGUACCUAAUAAAGUGCAGCGUCCUCCUGCUGAAGGCGAUGACCUCCACGUGGGGAUUUUGGUUCACCGAAGCGCUGGAAGAACGAGUUAGAAGCUUUGGCUUCACGUGCACGACACAUGCACGUGCAGAUGAUGAUGAGGCUGAGGGGGAGGAGGAAGAGGAGGAUGGGAAGGAGCGCUUCAUUGGCGGCGGCACACAUGCAUCCAGGACACUGAAGGACACAACUGGGACUCUUGUCCAACAAUGUCUUUUGAGUCCUUUGAGUCUUCCCCUGAGGCGCCUGUGCCCUUUGAACUCUCCAUGUCGCCCCGUGCCAGAGUGACAGGCAAAGAAGGCAGAAGUAAUGGGACAGCGACGACGGACGAAGAGGACAAAGCCAAGCGUCUCCUCUACUGCUCGCUCUGCAAAGUAGUCGUCAAUUCCGCCUCACAGCUGCAAGCUCACAACAGCGGCAGCAAGCACAAGACCAUGCUGGAGGCGCGGAGCGGCGACGGCGCCAUCAAGUCCUUCCCGAGGCUCGGCGUCAAGGCCAAGGCGACGCCGCCGACCACCGAGCCGUGGACCGGCCUCCAGAACAAAACGUUCCACUGUGAGAUCUGUGAUGUGCACGUCAACUCUGAGACGCAACUCAAGCAGCACAUCAGCAGCAGGAGACACAAAGACCGAGCAGCAGGCAAACCAGCCAAGCCCAAGUUUAACCCUUACACUCCCAGCCAGCGUCAUCCCAGCCUCCAGCUUUGUCAGACCUCACACAAGAACCAAGACCGCAUCAAACCCACCGUCUCCUCCACUCUCCUGCGGAGCCAGCUCGCCACCGCCGUGUCCUCUCUGCCGUCCGUCCAUUUCCAUCCUGUCGCAAGCUCAAGCCUGUGUCAGGCUCUGCCCCUCCUGCAGGCUCUCAUGCAGCCGAGCCCGGCGUCCGUCUGUUCGACGCCGCUUCUGUUUCCUCACUAUUGAGUUUCACCUCGGUGGAUGCAAAAAAAU